AUUCAACAAGCCCUUACUAAGAAAGCGACUUUUCUUUGUCCUUAUUAAUACUCUCUCUCUCUGGAGUUCCUUUACUUCAUUUUGUCCACCUCUCUCAGGUUCCAUUAACCUUCAAAAGUUUCAUAUACAUUCUCUCUGCCCGAAACUUUUUUUCUUUCAAUACUUAUAAAGAAAAAGAACACAGCUUUCCUCUCUUCCAUUGCACCCUGACACAGCAUUGCAACUUUAAUCAACAAAAUGGGAAGACAUUCUUGCUGUUACAAACAAAAGCUGAGAAAAGGCCUUUGGUCUCCUGAAGAAGACGAGAAGCUUCUCAAACACAUCACCAAUCAUGGCCAUGGCUGCUGGAGCUCUGUUCCUAAACUCGCUGGUUUGCAGAGAUGCGGAAAGAGUUGCAGACUAAGAUGGAUAAAUUACUUGAGACCUGAUUUAAAAAGAGGAGCUUUCUCUCCAGAGGAAGAGAAUCUCAUCGUCGAGCUUCAUUCUGUCCUUGGAAACAGAUGGUCACAGAUUGCUGCGAGGCUCCCGGGAAGAACCGACAACGAGAUCAAGAAUCUAUGGAACUCAAGCAUCAAGAAGAAACUGAAACAAAGAGGCAUUGAUCCAAACACACACAAACCCAUCUCCGAAGUUGAGAGCUUUAGCGACAAAGACAAACCAACAGCAACAAGCAACAACAACCACAAGUCUCCUAGUUCCUCAUCUGCAACAAACCAAGACUUCUUCCUCGACAAGCCAUCUGAUUUCUCAGACUACUUCGGCUUUCAGAAGCUUAACUUCAACUCCAACCUCGGUCUCUCUGUUACACCUGACUCUUCUCCUCUCUGCUCCAUGAUCCCGGCUCAGUUUAGCCCUGGGAACAUGGUUGGUUCUGUCUUUCAGACUCCGGUUAGCGUAAAGCCUUCUAUUAGUCUUGCUCCGGACAAUAGCGCAAGCUCUGUCUCCGUAGGUGAUCAUGUGUUUCCGACAAACAACACAUCGAACUUCUUCGACAACGGUGGAUUCUCAUGGUCAGUCCCAAACUCUUCUUCUUCUUCACUAGUUAAACCUAAUCAUAACUUGGAAGAAAUGAAGUGGUCAGAGUAUUCAAUGAACUCACCGUUCUUCAAUGGGAGCGCUCAAAACUCUCAACCGAUCUACAUCAAAUCAGAGGCAGAGUACCUAGCCAAUGUUUCGAACAUGGCAGAUCCUUGGAGCCAAAGGCAGAACGAGAACUUAGCUACACCUGAAGCAAGUGACGUGUUCUCCAAGGACCUUCAGAGAAUGGCCGUCUCUUUUGGUCAGUCCCUUUAGGUUUCUUUUUCUUUUUCCUAAUUCUAACAGAUGUAGAGAACAAAAAACAUAUACAAUACAUGCAUACGUAUACAAUGGGUUCAAGUGGUUUGUAUAUUCAUGGGGUAAACAAAAAUGAGCUGUUUUAUUUUUAUUUUAAAGUGUGUUUUAUACGUUAAAUAUUCUCCUAUCUUUUGCAAACCUUUUAGUCUCGUACUAUAUAGUUUUAUAUUUAUUGUUUUGUUGUUAAUAUUAUGAUGUAUAUUAUCCUCAGAUGAUUCCAGAGGUCUGUCUGUGUUUGCAAUUAAUCUGUUGAAGAACAAUGAUGAAUGUAAUAAAUUAGUUUCUGUCUGUUUC